UUCCGCUCCUCUUCAGCCCCCCUCAUUCCCUCACCCGCUGUUUCCGCAGCAACAGGGAAAAGAUGGCAGCCCUCGCGACCCUCACUCAGCUGUCAAGCGGGAACCCUGUAUAUGAGAACUUUUACAGACAGGUCGACCCAGGAAACACCGGGAGGGUUGGACCUACAGAGGCUGCCUUGUUCUUGAAGAAAUCAGGCCUGCCAGACAUCACAUUAGGAAAGAUCUGGGAUUUAGCUGAUCCAGAUGGCAAAGGUUUCUUGGAUAAACAGGGAUUUUACGUUGCUCUGCGACUUGUGGCCUGCGCGCAGAGUGGGCAUGACAUCAGCCUUUCCAGUAUAAACCUCCCCGUUCCACCUCCAAAAUUUAAGGACCACAGCAGCCCGUCACUGAGUUCUGUGACGUCAACCAGUGAGAGCCACUGGGCAGUGCGGCCUGAAGAGAAGAGCAAAUUUGAUGGUAUUUUUGAAAGUCUUGCCCCAGUGAAUGGAUUACUGUCCGGUGAGAAGGUCAGACCAGUACUAAUAAACUCCAAACUUCCUGUGGAUGUUCUUGGAAAGGUGUGGGAUUUGAGUGACAUAGACAAAGACGGACACUUGGACAAAGAUGAGUUUGCAGUGGCUAUGCAUCUGGUGUACCGUGCCCUGGAGAAGGAGCCUGUGCCCUCUGUCCUGCCCUCCUCUCUCAUCCCUCCAUCUAAAAGGAAGAAGUCCUCAGGGUCUCUGUCCAACAUGGUGCCAGUGUUACCAGGCAGCCCACCGCCACCUAAAGACAGUCUGCGUUCGACCCCCUCUCACGGCAGCAUGAACUCUCUCAACAGCGCUGGGAGUUUGUCCCCAAAACACACCCUCAAAUCCUCACAGCAUUCGGUAAACUGGGUGGUACCAGUUGCAGACAGAGGGCGCUAUGAUGACAUCUUCCUCAAAACAGACACUGAUCUCGACGGCUUCGUCAGCGGCCAUGAAGUUAAAGAUAUCUUCAUGCAGUCCGGCCUUCCUCAAAACCUCCUGGCACAUAUUUGGUCUUUGGCAGACACCAGGCAAAUGGGCAAACUCACACGUGAGCAGUUCUCCUUGGCCAUGCAUCUCAUUCAGCAGAAAGUGAGCAAAGGCUUGGACCCUCCACAAACUCUGACUCCAGACAUGAUCCCACCGUCUGAACGCAGCACACCGGGACCUAGUCUGUCAGGAUAUAUGACACCAGUGGGCUCUGAGAUGGCCGCACUGAGCGAGAUGCGCCGGGACAGCUCCAGCUCCGUGGGUUCAGGCGAGUUCACCGGGAUUAAAGAACUGGACGAUAUAAGUCAGGAGAUCGCACAGCUGCAGAGAGAGAAAUACACUUUGGAACAAGACAUCAGAGAAACAGAGGAGGCCAUCAGACACAAAACCACAGAGGUUCAGGAAAUGCAGAACGAUCUGGACCGAGAGACAUCCAGCCUCCAGGAGCUUGAGGCCCAGAAGCAGGAUGCUCAGGACCGGCUGGAGGAGAUGGACCAGCAGAAGGCGAAGCUUGAAGACAUGCUUAAUGACGUACGGCAGAAGUGCCAGGAAGAAUCACAAAUGAUCUCAUCCCUGCAGACCCAGAUCCACUCGCAGGAGUCGGACCUGCAGAGCCAAGAGGAAGAGCUGGGCCGGGCCAAGGCUGACCUGAACCGCCUGCAGCAGGAGGAAGCGCAGCUAGAGCAGAGUCUACAAGCUGGCAGGAUUCAGCUAGAAACUAUCAUAAAGUCACUCAAAGCCACACAGGACGAGAUCAACCAGGCACGAAGCAAACUCUCACAGAUCCAGGACAGCCAACAUGAGAUCAGUAAGAGCAUUGAGCAGUAUAGCAGCACUCUGAACGGGACCCAUGGGGGCAGCAUGACCAACCUGGCAGACAUGAGCGAAGGCUUCCCAGAGAAGGAGAACGGAGGUUUCGGGGCCAUGGAGGACCCUUUCAAAGUGAAGACCACUGUGUUUAACAGCGCCCCUCAGGAGAUGCACACGGACCCCUUCCAGUCUGAAGACCCAUUUAAAACAGACCCAUUCAAAGGUGAUCCGUUCCAGAAUGACCCAUUCUCAAAGCAGACCUCCACGGUUGCAGAUCCUUUCGGUGGAGACCCUUUCAAAGAAACCGAUCCGUUUAGGACCUCUUCUGAAGAUUUUUUCAAGAAACCUUCAAAGCCGGACCCCUUCAGCAAUGCUGAUCCUUUUAGCAAAAGUGCCACUCUUCCCUCAAAGAGUCAUCAUUUCUCUAGUAAUGACCCCUUCAGCUCUACAAGCCCCAAACCAAAAGGCCAAGAUUUCUUCGGUACUUUGGACCCGUUUGGGAGCAGUUCAUUCGGCAGCAAUAGCGGAUUUGCAGACUUCAGCCAAAUGUCGAAGGGCUUUGUAGAUGACCCGUUCAGCCGAAAACAAGACAUGCCCGCUCUCCCCCCCAAGAAAAGUGUACCACCACGGCCCAAACCACCCAGCGGUAAAAGCACUCCUGUAAACGUGCCGGGAUCCGCUGAUUCAGCCAAGACGAGCGAUCCCUUCCAGCCCUUCAGUGCUGACCCCGGCGAUCCGUUUCAGAGUAAAAAGGGGGUGGGAGACCCGUUUAGUGGCAAAGACCCGUUUGCUCCAUCUGCCUCAAGUAAAGCCUCUAAAGACUCUUCAUUGGGUUUUGCUGACUUCAGCUCUUUUGGUAAUGAAGCCCAGCAGAUGGAGUGGGCGAAGCGGGAAAGCGAGAGAGCGGAACGGGAGCGGCUGAAGAGACUGCGCCAGCAGGAACAGGAAGACCUAGAGCUGGCCAUCGCUCUCAGCAAGGCCGAGAUGUCCAAUGCCUGACCACCAUCCCCUCUGAUCCACCCUUCUGUACACUACAGCGACGAUUGUGUGUGUGUACAUGAUGGACUGAGAUAAAAUACAUGCAAGUGGGACACAGUCCCUGACAGUUCAACCUCUAUCCUUUUGUGUUCAUGCAGGAGGGCGGCCUAUGGUUUGUGAAUCAGCUAACUCACUCUACAUGCACUGCAUUAACCUCUCAGAUGGAGUAUAUAGUUUAUUUAAAGUGUAUUAGUAUGUGUGUGUGUGUGUGUGUGUGUGAGAAUGUGCAUCAAAAGAGCCAUGGACAUUUGAAGACCAUUAUUGGUCUCUGCAGAUCAAUAUCUCCACUGGUGGGGAAAAAAGGGACUGAGAAACCACUAAGAAAGUUGCUUUUGCGGUUUGAUCCUGGGUCGAACCAGAAACUUGAAUUACCGACGCUACACUCCCUCCCUACGAGCCCUUGAGCAAGGCACUUAAUUCCAGGUUUCUUCCUGAAUUCAGUCGCUGUAAGCGUACUGUAAGUCGAUUUGGAUAAAGAGCAUCUGCUAAAUGAUAACUUACUGGCUCUGGCUGUAGUCAGUAUAGUACACACUGGAAUUACAGCAGCGCCUGCAGACUAAACGUCUGUAAGGAGCUCUUGACGUGACGGAAAGCUGAACGAAAGACAGUGAUUCUGUAAGUGUCGUUUAAGAGAGCUGAUUGAUUCAUAACUGAACUUGUUUUCUUUCACAGUACUGUUCAGAGGAGAAGGAUCAGCAAAGCUUCUACAACUGCACUGAUUUUUUUUGUUUUCUUUUUUUCCCAAUUUUUAUUUUACCAUGUUAAAAGAUUUAGCUGGUUAACACCGCUGCAGGACUCGACAGUAAGGUUUUUUUGGGCCCCACUACAAAAGUUUUUUUUUUUUUUAUUUAUCUAGAAAUAUUUGAUUUUUUUUUUUUUUUUUUUUUUUUUUAAUCAAAUGUUACAUUCUCUUUAAAAUAAACUAUAUUUUUGUCUUUACAAAAUGAAAAUUUACAAACAUUUUGUAAAUUUUCUUUUUGUAUUUUUUUAUUUUUUUUUAAAUCCAUCUAUCCGUCUAUCGUUUUUACAUUCUAUCUAUUGUUAUUUCAUACUAUCAUUCUGUCGCUCUAUUGAUCUAUUUUUCUAUCUGUCGUUUUACCUAAAUGUAUGUACAAGAUCAACAAGUCUAAGAUUUUCAGUGAAAAGGACUGUGCAAGUGACUUGUCAACUGGCCUGAAACUCUUUCACACAUGCCAACUAUAGAGCCAACCUUAUUGUUGAGUUCUGCACUAUGGUGUAAUAUUUUGUUGUAUAAAAAAAACAAAUGCCUCCAUGAGGGAACUGAUAAAGUAUUUUGCUGUUUAGAUUUUUGUCGUUUUCAAUUCGUUACUAAUUUUGUAAUAUAGUAAUAUAGUUUUUGCUUGAACCCGUAAACAGGCCCGUAUGGAAUGUGAGAGACUUGUCGCGUUUUUUUUUUUUUUUUUUUUUUUUUUUUUUAAAACAGUGUCAGGAUUACUAAACACCUUUUGAUAGCUGAAAGCACAAUCAAAUUAGCCAAAAUCAAUGAAUGCGACGAUGUGAACUUUGUGAAUUCAGGCGCAGUAGAAUCUUUAAAAAACAACAACUGGCAAUUGCUGUUGUCGUUUACUGUUUGCUUUGUCCUAACUUGAACGUUUUGGUGAUGGUACUUCCUGGCACGUUUCAAACCUGUGUUUUUUUUGUUUUGUUUUUUUGUUUUUUUUUAAGAUUGAAAUAUCGUACAACUUUUUUCUUUAAACAUUCAAUCUGCUGGUCUUUAACGGUAGACUCUUUAACUGGUACUAUUAACACGUUUUAUCCAUGAAUGAUCUGUAUUCACUCAUCCAACCUUGGAUCAUUGAAAUAGCUGUUUCUUCCUCACUUCGGUUUGGAAUAACUCUUGAAUCUAUAAUGUGGUGUGUCAUUACAGGUAAAAUCUUUAUGCGUAAUGAUUGAUGCUCAUUUGCAAAAUUGUGGACACAAACUGUGACAUAUCCUAGUACACUGCUAACUUUCAGCUACGUUAUCUUUCUGUCACUUUUUUUUUUUUUUUUUAGUUCUGCUUUUUUUUUUCUUGACUCUCAAUUAGCUUGUGUUUUUUUUGACCGCAAGUAGCUGCUCGACACUCCUCGGUCACGUUAGUGUCACACUAAACAGUGUUACUUUGUCUUAUUUAAAAUGCAUAAAAUAUAUUAGAUGGAGCCUAGCUCAUAAUGAAACUUGUGCGAUGGUUCUUGAACCUUAAUUUAUCUGAUUACAGUACUACACUAAUCUUUAGUCAGUUGCACGUUUUUAACAAAACCGUACGUCUUCAGGACUGGAAUCGAAAGCUGUUGUGUCCCAGACACAGAUAACGCCAGAUUUUGGCCUAUGAAGGGUUUUGUAGGCCAAGAGUGGGUUAUUCAUGUACAGGGGGCUUUGGUCCCGGCUUUCUGCUUUUUACUGUUACAAAAAUAACAGAACCAUUCAAACUAAAAAACAAACCGCAAACAUUUUGUUAGCGCUCCUUUUAUGCUGUAUUUGUCCUCUAUACCUCCAUUGUGCAAUAGUUUGUAUAUUUUAUUUGUUGUAAUACCUGUAAAUUCAUUUAAUGUUUUCAUAUCCUGUUUUAUUAUCCAUGUUUUGUUUUGUUUUUUAAUGAUGAAAGUGAAUAUUUUUUUAGUUACUGUCAUAAUUUUGGGCAUAUGUCCCAUAAAACUCGAGCUGAAUGCAUUCCUUUUUGGCCUGCCUUUAACCCUCGCCUGUGUAGAUAAGACCGAUAUUAACUCGAUAGAGAAAUGCAUAAGAGUAUACAUAAACCAUGUAUAUUAUGUGUUAUAUUUGUCCUAUGAAACAUGAGUAACUGCACAUGUGUAACUCGAAACAUUUUAAGGAUUUCAGACUGCAUUGAUAGUGAUUAGUGAUGCUUGGAUUCCUUUGGAAAUGUUCAUGCUCCGUAUGUUGUCCCUUGAUUUCACAGAAUAAACAAAAGAUAACAUUUCUGAA